GGCUUCAUUCAGCGAUCGGCCCGGGGAUGGGAUGCCGGUCUUUUAUUGGCUAAUACCUCUCGAGGCCCGCAAAAUUGGGCGACCUGCGGUCAGUGAUUGACUGGCGAGGACUGGGGCGGGCGUGCAGAAAGCGAAGACAGAGUGCGAUUGGCCAGCACCGGGAGGGCGGCGAUCCCGGCGCGGGUUCCAGAGUAGCGGCGGGCUAUGGCUUCCGGCGGCAGGCGCUGGCUGCGCGGUCUGUGGGCCGUGGGGCAGCCCCUGUUCCAAGGUCGUGCGCUGCUCGUCACCAACACGCUGGGCUGCGGUGCUCUCAUGGCGGCCGGGGACGGCGUGCGCCAAUCCUGGGAGGUCCGCGCCCGUCCUGGCCAGAAAUUCGACCCGCGGCGCUCAGCUAGCAUGUUUGCAGUGGGCUGCAGUAUGGGCCCCUUCCUGCACUACUGGUACCUCUGGCUGGACCACCUGCUCCCAGCGUCCGGCCUCCGUGGCCUCCCAAACGUCCUCAAGAAGGUCCUCAUCGACCAGCUGGUGGCCUCUCCCAUGCUAGGCGUCUGGUACUUCUUAGGCCUUGGCUGCCUGGAGGGCCAAACCCUGGAUGAGAGCUGCCAGGAGCUGCGGGACAAGUUCUGGGAAUUCUACAAGGCCGACUGGUGCGUUUGGCCAGCCGCGCAGCUGGUGAACUUUCUCUUCGUGCCCAGCCAGUUCCGAGUCACCUACAUCAAUGGCCUGACGCUGGGCUGGGACACGUACCUCUCCUACCUGAAGUACCGGGUGAGCACGGUGGGUGCACCAGGCACCCAGGGGACUCCUCAGGGGCCACAUGUGUGAACCCCCAACGGCAACGCAUCUGCACUCCACCGUGAGGUCCUCCUGUGCCUGUGACAGUCCACAAACCACAGUAGGUGGGUGGGGAGCUGAUCACCAGCAGGGUAAAGACCGAGCCCCUCUCUGCUGUUUGAUGUGACCUUGGCCAGGUCCCUGCUGAGUCUUUCCCGCAAGAUUGAGCCCAGCCACAAGACUGGAGGAUGAGGGCUCACUUGGCGACGAGGAGUCCAGAGGGUGUGUGACCAGACCUUCUUGCACGGACGGACCCUGGGCCCAAGGUGGGGACACAGCCCAUGCCCUUAGAGCAGGGCCGAGCCUGGAGUUGACCUCCAGAAUCUGGGGCCUUAGGCGGGGCCGAGUGGCCUCCAGUAUCCUGCUCGGGUCACGGGCUGUGGAAAUUCUAUUAAAUUAUCUUGUCAUUGAAA